GGAGGCUGGGGGGUAGGGGGCAGUGGGUACAGGGCAGCCCCUGAGAUCUGCCAGGUCCCAGGAUGGGCAUGGUUCUGUUCUACGCCGCGAGGUCGCAUGUGGAGCCCCCGCCCCAUGGCUCAGCCCACAUGGCCUGUGGGGGACAGGCCCUGCCCUGGGCAGACCCAGCCUGGGGGCCCCUGGAGCCGCCGCGUGUGGACUUUGUCCCAGCGCGCCUGGGAGAGGAGCCGGGGGCAGAGAACUUUGCCCAUUGCCUUGGCGCUGGUGGCAGGAUUAGCAGCUCCUGGCCCCAGUAGCCUUUCACCAUCCCCACCCUUGCCGGCUGCCACAGAAGCUGCACAUGCCCCCAUGUGCCCAGGGGGCUUUCCUGCCCCAGAGAAACAGAAUCCUCCCUCCUGCCCGGCCCCUGGCCCCCCCAGGCGCCGCAGUGCGAGGCUCAGGGAGGGACAGGGUCUGUGUGCAGAGCGCCCCACUGAACGGUGCACACAGACCCCGCGCGGGGCCCAGGACAAGAGAAAAGGAAGGGUCGAAGGGCAGGUUCACAGCCUGAGCCUACGAAGUCACCCACCAGCACUCAGCGCAGGAUCGGGGCCUUAAAGUGCACCCAGGAACAAGGGCCUGCCCCUCCUCCUGGGGGCUGUGUGGUAGAGGGAGCAGGAGGGGGGUGAAUUACCCCACAGCGCUGGGAGCCACUAUGGUGCACAGGGGCCUGCAGGGCUGGUACAGGGUGGAAUGGUUCCCUUUCUGUGCCACGUCGGGGGGGGGGGGGGCGUGCAGCAGGCAGAGUGCUUUGCUAGGGAAAAUUCCCAGCAGCCUAGGCCUCUCCCUGAGAAACCCUCCCCCUGCAGCCGAGCCGUGGGGCAGUACCUCUGCUCUGCGCCUGCAGAUGAGCUGUGGGUUAGGCCAGAAGAGCCAUGCACUCAUUUCACCUGAACUCCAGUAUGCCCACGUCAACGCCCUUCGCCUGGUCACUCCUGCGUGUGCCCCAUUCCCUGCUUCCGGGCGGGCGCCUGGCUCCUCCAGGGCUCCAGCAGCUCGGCCUGGCCAGGCAUCUGCACUGCUCGCCCACCCCAGGAACUGAGCCGCUCGUUCUCCGCAUGAGGAGCGUGGCACCACGCGGGGGCAGGAGGCGAGCGCUCUGCCCCCCCAGCUGGUGUGGAAAGAGGCAGGAAUGCUUUACGCUGGGGGCCCCGCGCAGUGCACAGGCCCUGGAGGGCAGGCACCAGCCCCACACCACAGAUCAGCCAGGGGAGGGGCGGGUUAUUCAAGGCCUGAUGUCCCUGCCUAUGAGUGCAGACGUCAGUGUCUGGUGCCCCCCAGCCCCCAAGACCUGCUCUAGGUCCAGAGAAAGGCCAGUGCACCAAGACACCCCUCCCCAGCCCCCCCUCGCCUCCCCCAGCCCCUGGCUGGAGAGAGGAUCCUCAAGGCAGCUAGCCAGGGCCACGGUGAGAGCGCCCGGCAGGGGAAGCGUUAACGCUUGCACAACCCCCAUCCAAUCCGCGCACUCGCCCUCAAACAAAUCCAUUAUUUGCUCUUGCGGAGCCCAGGCAGGGGGCUCCGGGAGACACUUCUUCCCCAGCUGUGCGAGGCACCUCAUGCUGGCACUAGGGAGCCUUGCGGCCUGGGCCUUGGCUUUAGCCCUCCUCUGCCUCCUAGCCACAGAGCUCUGGGGGCCAGGCUGGGGCAGCUUGCUCCCCAGCCACGAGCCGGGGGGUGCAGGCGAGGAAGACGACGGGGACAAUGUCAUUGGGGAAGAGGGGCCCGGGGCAGGGCGCUGCAGACUCAUCUGCAAAUCCUCCGCCCUGGCCCAGAGCCUGCUGAGGAGCCUGCGACGGGGCGCUGCCCGGCAGAGCGGGCGCUGGCUGUGGAGGACCUGGCCUCAGCUCCAGACCAUGUUCCAGCUCCUCUUCCCCCCUGCCCGCCAGCCCGAGCUGGCCCGGGAGCUCCUGCAGCUGGCUGAUGGGGGCCUGGUUGCCCUGGACUGGGUCAUGGGGCCCCGUGGCACCGGUAAGAGGAGUAGAGCAACCACUGCCUUUGGCACUGCCCCGGUGCUGCUUGUCCUCCCCAAUGCCUCCGGGAAGGUCACCAGAGGCGUCCUGCACCUCUGCCUGCUGGCCCUGGAGCAGGGCUACAAGCCAGUCAUCUUCAACCGCAGGGGUCACAACGGCAGCCCGCUUGCCAGCCUGAAGCUGCAGGCCUUCGGGGACCCAGGCGACCUCAAGGAGGCGGUGACGUACAUCCGCAUGCGGCAGCCAGGUUCCUCACUCUGCGCCGUGAGCGAGGGCUCCGGCUCGGGCCUGCUCCUCUCCUACCUGGGGGAGUGCGGCUCCUCCAGCUACCUGGCUGCAGCGUCUUGCAUCUCGCCCGUGUUCAGGUGCCAGGAGUGGCUGGAGACCGGGUGCCCCUGGCUGUAUGAGUGGAGUCUACUCCUGCACCAGAAACGAGGCCUCAGCAGGUAUGUCACUGCUCUGGCAGAGGUUGUGGAGACAGGCAGGCUGUUCAGGAGUUGCUCGCUCCGGGAAUUCGAGGAAACCCUCUUCUGCCAGACCAAGAGGCACCCUGUCACCUGGGACGCUUACUGGGAUCGCAACGACCCCCUCCGGGAGGUGGAUGAAGCAGCCGUCCCGGUCCUGUGCAUCUGCAGCGCCGACGACCCCGUCCGGGGACCUCCGGCCAGCACCCUCCCCAUGGAGCUCUUCCAUAGCAGCCCCUACUUCUUCCUGCUGCUGACACCACACGGCGGGCACUGUGGCUUCCUGAGGGAGGGGUCCUGCUCCUGGAGCCACGAGGUGACGCUGGAGUACUUCACGGCCGUCGCGGAGUUCUUUCGCACGGAGGAGAGGCUGAAGGGGCUGCACCGGUACAGGAGGGGCGUCCCGCAGAAGAGAGAGGCCUCCUCCGCCGCCUGCCACCUCCAGGAGAUCUUCAGCUGGCAGAGGUCCUACACCAGGUAGCGCCAGGCAGGUGCUGCGUCUAGCACCUCUCCAUAGCGUCCCUGGGAGAGGCUGUCCAAGGGCCAUGCAGCACUGUGCAGUCACCCCCCAAUGUUGCACAGCCUUCCCCUUGCGCGCUCGCACCAGCAUGGCAGGCACUGCGCACACAGGCCCUGUCAUCCCCUCCCCACAGAAGCAGACUGUUGAAAGCCCACAUGGCUGACAUGACUGGUGUGUUCCCACCACAUUGGAAAUGGCCCAGGCUGCGCACUGUCAGGGCUGGGCACGGCUCAUUGAGCUUCCCCCUGUGCCUAUGAAACUCCACUAGCUCAUGCACUUCCCAGCGGCCAGCCCGAGCGCCCCCUGGUGAAAGCAAUCUCCAUCGUGCCCCUGCCACGGGAGGGCGCUGUGCUGCUGAAGGAACAGCGUUCGGAGAGAUGUGAAGCCCAUGCCCUGAUCCUCGGGUGCUCUCCACAGGAGGCGGCAUUAGCUCCAGAGUCCUGGCUAAAUCCCACCUUUCAAAACCUGCAGCAGACGCUCCAUGUACUAAAAUUACUUUAUUACAGUUGAUUUUUUAACAUUUCCUUUGCUCUGUUACAAAGGAUACUUACAAACAAAAUAUUACAUACGACCUUAUUUUCUCUUCUCUUAUUUUCUGACAACUUGGUAACAGCUUUAAAUGCACAAUCUAUACAAUUAAUACAGGUUAUAUAUGAGCACUAAUGUAUGUUGAACCAGAAGGAUACCAGAAUACGGACAAUAUACUGUACAAUAAGCCUUAUCAGUUAGUGCUUGUGGCAUUUUCUACCAAAAGGAAAAUGCACACCUGUAGACUCACCCAUCCCAGCUGGUGCUAACAGAAACGUGAGCAGGAAGGAGUCCAGUUUUCCUGUUUUAACCCUUGGUGAUCCAUCCCUGUAGAAAUCGGGCUUGGAAGACUCAGGCCUCUGUUCAGUAUAAUGGCGUGGGCAGCACCCCCCAUGAUAAAGUGAUGGCCGGCUCCUGGCCUUGCUUUGUUAAAGCCAUGUUUACACCCACACCCCCAAUGCCCCAGAAUGAACAAGCCCUCUACUGGCUGGGGCCUUGGGGAAGAGUUGUUGGUCAUGAGCUGAAGGUUGUUAGGGAAGCGGGGAGGGAGGGGGAGGAGAAGUAAACACAUUACUUGGUGUCUGUGAACAUCCCUCUUCCCACUCACGUUAGCAGGCACACAGCAAGGGGUGUAACAAUGACCCCACAGGCGGAAGCCGAGAGGGACACGGGUAUUUUAACUCCCACUACCAUUGUGGGAACCUGGCUACAUGCUGCAGCCUUCAUGCCAGCUGAGCGCCCACCGCAGGUCAUGGCAGCUGUGCCUGUGUCCGGGCUGUGGCGAGAACACGUGGGACUUGGGGUAGCUCUGCAGCUAUCUAGUUAAAGCCAAGCUUUGCCUUCAUUUUGCAACCAACGCCAGAUUUGUGCUGCUACAGGUGUGCGCUUGCCCUCCUCCCCAUGAGCUACCUAGAACUGAUAAGGUGACAUUUUUAUUUUCUUUUAAAGCAACUGACAGUGAAGCAUUUUUAGCUGACUGGCAAAAGACCAGGCAUUCACCCGGAAGCUGCAAAUGGAAAAUACACCCCCCACCCCGGUUCCCCCAAAAAGUGUGGAGGAAGAAAAUCCAAGAAAGUAAAAAAGCCAGGUUCAAGUUAAAAUUUCUUUUGGUUUACACAAUACUUGUGCAAACAACCAACCAAACAGAAGCAUGCUGGAAAUCAUGAAAACAAAAGGGAAAGUGAUAUACAAAAUGAAACAUAGAAAUAAGAUAUCUGGCUGACUGGUAGAAGAAUAAAUCAUUCUGGGUUACAAACAGAUUAUACAUUCCAGACGCUCCGAACUCAGUGGGGUAACUUCUGUUCAAUUUGUUAAUAGUUAUGUUAGAAUUCUCAAGUUUGUCUUUAAAGUCUUCAUAAUACAAGCAAUAAGCUAUUUUUAAAAAUAUACACUAUACACACCUCACACAGCCUUCUCCUACCCCUCUUAAUGCAUGGUAUGCUACCUCUCUUGUAUACUAAACCAAGGGGGUUCUGACAGCUAACGUCCUCCUGGUAAUCCGGCAUUUUCAUCAUCACUGUUUGCCUUAAGUUUUAAAUGGGUUAAUGAUUUCCGUGGAAGAACAUAAAUAGGAAUUUUAGCAACCCAAGUGUUAAUAAAAACGUCUUCAGCAUUUACAAUUUUCAAGUCGGUAUAAUUCUGUAUCUGAUUUUUAGUGUUAAUGUAUCUACAUCAGACCCACCCCCCAUUUGAGUUGGUUUGGUCAGAUAAAGUGUCCCUCUUCCAAGCAAGAUUAGGUGAGAGCUGAGAGGUGUUAGGAGAAGAAGGAAGGUUGAAGAAAGAAAGCAGGUGGUUUUGAUUGCCAGGAACCACACCCGCCACCCACGCCUCUCCAUCUCUACAUUUCCUUCCCUCUUUGAUCCUGUCAGUGUCUUGAAGAGUUCACAUCCCAACAGCCUCCAGGGAAACUUAAAUAUCUUCCAAUGACUGGUCUCCCUAGUGGUAAUUUUUCUUUUCUUGUAGACCUCUAGCUCUCAGAGCUAUUCCAGGGUUGCAGCUUUGCCUACGCCAUGAGAUACUCAGUGAAGGUGGGACAAGUGAGGUGAGACAGAUUAUUUCAUUCAUAUGCAAUCCAAGGGAAAAGACUCUCUAAUUUAGUAAUGGGUGUUGAAAACAAAAACUACAAUGCAAGUCAGCUGUAGCCUACAGCUCAACCACCUAAGCAUCUGCCUGCAGGGGAGUGGGAGUACACCCACCAGUCUGCACGGAGAGCCUGCUCGAUGGCAGAAAACUGUCCCCCACCUCUGCAUGUUCCAUUCCUUGACCACAUGCGAUUUCUAGAACACACCAUGCCUUGGCAAUGCAUUUAGUCAAGUGAAACUUAAGCAAAUGACCAUUUCCAAGCAAGAAUUUGCCUCCAAUGCUUUCAGGUGGCCCUAGUCUAACACUGAUGCCAAGCCAUGCAAAUGCAGCGAUUACAUACUUCAGUUCAUUAACAACUGUGUGCUCACUUCCAAACUCUGCUGAGCUCAGAGUUGCCAUAGAAAUGUGUUAUACAGGCACUAAAAGCAGGCAACGAGCUUCAUAAAAUUAAUUUCUUCUCCAAUGGUUUACAUGCUCUUUAGAUUAUCCUGGCAUCAAAACCCUGUGUGUGUGUGUGUGUGUGUGUGUGUGGGAGGGGAAAUAUGUAUUUUCUGUACAAUUCUUUAAAUACAAUAAAAGGGUGCUGUUAAAAGGGACAGAGAGAAAUUGGGCUUUGUUUAUGUGAGUUUCAACCCCAGAAAAAGCUCCAAGUCAACACUUCUAUCCUUUGCACUGUCCACAUCACCGCACUUUGCAUUUAGACUGAAAGGGCAGAGGUUUUGCAUACACGCAUCUAAAACACAGGGGACCCAACUUAAACGGUGAAUAUAGAAGAUAUGGAUCAAUCAUGUUUUGUUAGUUCCAGAAGCAUUUCCACCUGGGCAGCAAAUUAAGCCAUUAUUCUCCUUUAUCUUCCCCCCCACCCCCAUUCUUACGAUAUUUAAGCAUGAAUCCUUAGAGUCACACGGGCCACUGAAGGGGUUA